UCCUGCUGAUUGGCGUUGCUAUGGUGAACGUUGCUAUGUAACGGUUGUGACUCAGGAAGAAGCUACAACAGAGCUGUAGCAAUGAGGAGAGAGAUAGACGAUAGCUUUCACGCCGAAGAUGGGACAGUUACAAAACAUAUUGCCAAGUCUGGACGAAGAGCUCGUCUUGCAGCAGACCAGUCGUCAUCCGAAGAGUCUCGCCAUGCUCGGAAGUCCUCUUCCUCUUUAGAAGGUGGCUCUUCUAAACCAAACCGGCGACGGGGUGGCUGGGCAGAGGAGAGCUCUGGGUCUGGUUCUGCCAAAUCUUUUAGAAGACCACCUGCUGAAGACCAGGAAGACCAUCGCCUGCGACCACAAACUCCCCAGGGAUCAGAUGAUGAAGGAGACAUUCCAGUGAUUCCAGACCUAGAUGAAGUCCAGGAAGAAGAUCUAACGAUGCAAGUGGCUGUUCCACCAAGCAUCCAGGUAAACCGGGUGAUGACCUACAGAGAUCUGGACAGUGAUUUGAAGCAUUUCUCUGCUUUCCAGACCUUAGAUGGAGAGAUUGACUUGAAGCUCCUCACCAAGGUUUUAGCACCGGAGCAGGAGGUGAGGGAGGAUGAUGCGAGCUGGGACUGGGAUCAUCUGUUUACUGAAGUGUCCUCAGAGCUCCAGAUGGAAUGGGAUCAAGGAGAGGAUAAGGAGUCGGAGUUGGGACAAAAGGGUCAAUGACUCCGGUUAUUUAAAAUUGAGUUAAAUAAUAUUUUACUUUUAUAAAUGCAUUUUUACUCAAUUCUCUCUGUACAGAACCUUCAUGUUGUCUUUUGAACACUCAGUUGCUUUGAGUGUUUUAACCUAGCCCUAACCCUCUGAACAAAUGACAUAUAGGUAAAAUGCCCUCCUUGUACUUGCAACAUUAUCAACGUCCACAUACAAGUCCAAGGGUGAUAAUCAGCUAAGCUGAAAUCCAGUUGAUUGUCUUCAAAUUAACAUUCUUCAUUAAACCCUACAACCUUA